CGUCCCUACGCAUCCUGGUUCCAUGCAGUACAACGCAAGACAAUACACAGCCUGUAACACAUUCUUUUCUUGUCAUCUUUGUAAAAACCCCGUAAAACUUUUUUGACCGUAUUUAUUAUAAUGAAGAGUCACUUCUUGUACGAUGCAAGCAACUCGGCAUGGAUUCUUUCUUUGCUCACUUUGGGAAAUUUGAUAUUAGUGACCACAACUGCAGGAAGCGAGGACAGGGACACCAAAUCGCACCAUCACCUUAUAAAACAGUUUUUGGAACCUUGCGACGCAGUUUACACUCAAGUUCACUGCGAUGAUGACGAUGAAGACUAUAAUGAAGCUUCGGAGGCUGGAUGUGCCCCCAUCGAGACGGACGAUUGCGAUAGGUCACUCCAACUCUACUGUCACUCUGGCGUCUGUCUCCCCAACUGUCACCCCACUCUCGAGGAUUACGAUCCAGUCAGAGGGAAAUGCUUCAGAAAGAUCGGGGCCAAUUGUACCAGGGGCGAGGAGUGUGACCUUAAUGCAAUUUGUGAACGGAAGCACUGUCGAUGUGCGAAGAAUCACACUCUUGAGCCCGAAUCUGGAAAGUGUGUGCGAUCUGCAGAAUUUGGAGAAUUUUGUGAUUCUGACGUCAUUUGCGAUAUGUUGGGAGACGUUGUGUGUCACAACAAUACUUGUCAAUGCCGUGCCUCGGAAUCUCAAUUUUAUCACAUGAAGCGGAAGAGAUGCUACCUGCGAGUUGGACAAGAUUGCAGCAAUAAACAUCGGUCCUUCCAAUUUUGUCCCGACAAUUCUGACUGCAUUCGACAUUUAGAGAAUGGUGAGAGUGAGCGAUAUAUUGGAAUACCUGGGGACACUGAUGAAGAGAAUAAAUUUACGUGCCUUUGCGACCCUGGUCAUAUUUCCACCUCGGAUGGGAAAGCGUGCUUGGGAAUCUACGGAACGAAUUGCAACUCUCUUCGCAAAUGCAACACCGAAAGAUCAUUUAAAUGCUACAACAGUGGGACCUGUCAGUGUGCCCGACCCAAAGAUCAAGAGUUCCAUGAGAAGCUGGCAAGAUGUGUAACCCAUAUCGGCAGUUUGUGUGAAGCAAAAAAGGACAUUUGCGUGGAUUGGGCAGCAUGCAAACCGGAUGAGGAUAAAAGAGUUAGCACAUGUGAAUGUAUUUCUGGGUACAGUAGCUCUUCCUCUUCUUCGGAUGUAGAAACUGACAAAAAAGUUUGCUUAAAAGAUCAUGGGCUGGAUUGUGAAAUAGGGGAUCCUGACAAUACUGAUGCUGCUAACCCACGUUGCAAUUGGUCGAUUGGUUUGGAGUGCUCAAAUCACACGGGAACGUGUCAAUGCAAGGAUUACAACAUGUUCUAUGAUGUCAAGUUGAAACGCUGCAGGAAUUUCGACGUUGCACAGAGACGAAUUCCUGUCACCCAUUAUGACACCUCGGACAGGGAAUACUUGUUCCACGCCGUCAACAGCCAUUCACCAACAAUACUUGACGCGAAGUUUGCAUUUCUCGCUACAAGCUUUAGUAUUAUUUUGGUCAGUUUUUAUUAGUGAAUGUGAAACACAUAAAGAAAGUACUUAUAAUUUUGUAUGUAAAUAGAUUGUGUACAUAUUUAUUUCAUUGACUGGCUUGAACCAACCGAAUGGCAAA